AUGGAUUCAGGGCCACUCUGCCACAUUCGCAAAGUUUUAGUCGCCAACAGAGGCGAGAUCGCUGUGCGUUGUAUUAGAGCCUGUCGCGAGCUGGGUGUGCAAAGCGUCGCAAUCACCACCGAGCCCGACGCAUCCUCCCUACAUGCUCAAUUGGCAGAUGAAGUAUUCAGGCUUCCUGGCAGCAAAAGCACAGCCUAUACAGAUGGAGAUGCGAUCUUGGAUAUCUGCAAACGCUGUGGUGCCGAUGCUAUCAUUCCCGGGUAUGGAUUCCUGAGCGAGAAUGUCGAGUUUGCCGAGGCCGCAGCUAAGGCCGGAAUCACAUUUGUCGGCCCUUCGUCUGCAUCCAUCCAGGCGAUGGGAUUGAAGCAUGAGGCUAGAGAAAUUGCCAACGCUGCAAAUGUUCCGAUUAUUCCAGGAACCUCGCUGCUGUGCUCGCGCGAGGAUGCCAUCGAAGGCGCUCGGCAACUUGGAUUUCCCGUCAUGAUGAAAGCCACUGGAGGAGGCGGCGGUAUGGGCUUGCAAAUAUGCCAGGACGAAGAAGACGUCGGGAAGGCGUUCGCGUUGGUAGAAAGUCGUGCUGGAGCACUAUUCAAGAACACCGGUGUCUUUCUGGAGAAGUACUUUCCACACUCUCGGCACAUUGAGGUCCAGGUUGCCGGCAACGGGAAUGGAAUUGUCACAUUCGGUGAACGUGAAUGCUCUCUACAACGCCGACAUCAGAAAGUCAUUGAAGAAUGUCCAAGUUCAUUUUUCGAGCGCAGACCUGGACUGCGCGAAAGGAUGCUCCAGGCGUCAGUUCGUUAUGCCUCGCAACUCAAAUAUAAGAGCGUCGGGACCGUUGAGUUCCUCGUGGAUGACCAAACGGGCGAGUUCUUUUUUCUCGAAAUGAACACACGUCUGCAGGUUGAACACGGAAUCUCGGAGUUAUGCUAUGGAGUGGAUCUGGUGCAUUUGAUGCUUCGACAAGCCGAUUACGAACACGGGGGUCAGCUAGGAAUCCCCUCAGAGCUGCUGAAACGUCUCGGGAGACCCCAGCCUUUAGGAUGGGCUAUUGAAGUUCGUGUAUAUGCCGAAGUCCCGCUGCGGGACUUUGCACCCAGCCCAGGUGUUCUUCAAUUCGUUCGUUGGCCCGAAGGAGAUGGAGUGCGUGUCGACACAUGGGUGCAGAGUGGCCAACAUAUCAGCGCCCUAUACGAUCCGCUGAUUGGCAAGGUCAUGGUACAUAGUCUCGAUGGUCGACUGGCUGCUCAACAGAAAAUGCUUGCAGCACUCGCCAACACAUCGAUUCAGGGUACUCAGACGAAUCUGCAGUACUUGUCCAAGGUGUUACAGUCGGAUGAAUUUACGACCGGAUUCACCCUGACCAAUUUCCUAUCGACAUUUCAAUUCCAUACACCAGCAGUGCAGGUCCUUGGUCCCGGUCUUUUCACGACGGUUCAAGACUACCCUGGCCGUCCAAGCAUCGGCCACGGUGUUCCGCCUAGUGGGCCUAUGGACGACUUGAGUAGCAGAGCGGCCAAUAUUCUGGUCGGCAACAAUGUCGGAGUAGAGCCCCUUGAAGUGACGUUAACCGGUCCUGAACUCUUAUUCCAUGUGUCGGCGGCAGUUGCCAUCUGCGGUGCCCAGAUUCCGGUCACAAUAGAUGGUAUAAAUCAACCGAUGUGGUCUCGAAUCGUCGUCCAACAAGGUCAAACUCUCAAACUUGGCACCAUCAGUGGCAAGGGGUCCAGAGCCUAUAUUGCUUUCCGGGGCGGCUUUCCCCAAGUCCCCGCGUACUUGGGCUCUAAGUCCACUUCCCCAGAACUGCAACUUGGCGGACUUCAAGGACGACGGCUUCAAGCCAAUGACAUUCUCGAUCUUUCUUCAGAGCCGGUUGUCUGUGAAUCUGAUUAUACGGCUUUGUCCUUACCGUAUGAAGCCCUCCCCGACUAUAACAUCUCCGAAAUCUACUGCCUUCAGGGUCCUUUCGGCUCCGAGGACAUUCUGAGUCAAGAAGGGCAAAACACAAUCUAUAACUCCCGCUGGACCAUCAGCCAUAAUAGCAGCCGGAGCGGUGUCAGGCUCGAGGGGUCACGGCUUAGCUGGGCUCGGACAAGUGGUGGGGGCGGUGGAUCUCAUCCAUCGAAUGUCUUCGAUUACGGUUAUCCUAACGGGGGUGUGAAUUGGACGGGAGAGUAUCCUAUCAUCCUGGCACGAGAUCGUCCUGAUCUUGGAGGCUUCGCGUGCCCUAUGACGAUUUGCUCUGGUGAAAUGUGGAAGGUCGGUCAACUUAAAGCAGGUGACGCUGUGCAGUUUCGCCCCACAACUUUCGAGAAUGCGAUGCAAAUCUCCCGAGCGAAGGAUGCCUGGCUAGAUACACUCUCUCGGCGUGUCAACGGCGACAACGUAUCGAUUCGCUCUCCUCGAGUUUUACUCGGCCCCGAGACCACUUCCUCGAUUCUCAGAGCAAAGCCUGUUUGCAACUCUCACCCGCCGGUCACCUUCCGGCAGGGUGGCGAUACCUCCAUUAUCGUUGAGUUCGGCAAUCAAAUUGCAGACCUGCGGAACACUACCUGCGUUAAGCUUCUCAGUGAGCAGGUUGUUAAGCGGAGCUUGGCUGGCGUCCGCUGUGAGCCAAACAUCGCCACUCUUACCGUUCAUUAUGACCCGUACCAGCUGUCACAAAUCGAGUUGCUUGGGAUCCUAGAAAGCAUAGAAAACAGUAUCGGGGAACUCUCGCAUGCUCAAGUUCCUGUUCGAGAGGUCCACCUACCACUCUGCCUCGACCACCCGAGCAUUCAAGAAGCCACCGAUCGUUACAUGGAGAGCAUUCGGCCUACCGCAGCCUAUCUCCCAGAUAAUGUUGAAUAUUUGCGAAAGGCCAAUGCACUGAAUUCGAGAAAAGACGUUUUUGACUCCCUUCUGAAAACUCCAUGGCUGGCCGUUGCUGUCGGCUUCUUUGUCGGCACGCCGAUCAUGUUCCCGCUCGACCCUCGAUAUCUCUACACCGGCCAAAAGUACAACCCCAACCGCGUAUACACUCCGAGUGGAUCCGUCGGUCUGGGUGGGUCGCUGCUUGGAUUAUACCCGGUUGCCUCACCGGGAGGAUACCAGCUCAUGGGCCGCACACUCAGUGCAUGGGACACCGCAGGCGUUCGGCCUGGAUUCACGUCCUCCCGGCCUUGGCUUUUCGACUACUUCGACAUCGUGAGAUUCUACGAGGUCACGGAGGAUGAGUUCGAUAAUGCACACAGUGACUUCCUUGCCGGAAGAUACACGUUCAAGAUCACCAAUGCAACACUGGACAUGGACACCUACAUUGCUCGAUUCGACGCCACAAGCCGUGAUCCAGAGUAUCUGGAAUGGCGAAAGCGCCAGGCUCUCGCGGCUGCAGAGAUGGGUCGGCUUGAGCAGAGUCUCUUUGACGAGUGGAGGGCGGCGAAGGCGAUCACUGGCGGUAGCCAAAGUAGGGAUAGCAUUGACGGUCCCAACUCGGUGCGAAUUGAGUCACCUGUCGAUGCCAAUGUUUGGAAGGUCCAAGUGCAGGUUGGAGACGUCCUUGAAAGCGGCCAGGUUGUGGCUAUCCUGGAAGCAAUGAAGAUGGAGAUUAAGGUAUCUGUACCGGACAGCCAACAGGGUGCUAGAGUCACGUCCAUUCUUUGUAACCCUGGGGAUGUGGCUUUCAUGUGCAGACAAAGACACGUUGAUUCGAUCCUGGCCAUGAAAGGCCGUCCCAAGCUACGGGUCGCCCCCUGCAGCUUCUGCAAUAAGCAGUUCAAGAGACAAGAGCAUUUGCAGCGACAUUUGCGCACCCUGGCGCCUGCCCCUGAAAAAGAGACAUAUGUCCCAUUUUCUCCAUCUCCCUCAGAUGUCUAUCCACCCUGCAAUCAGCCCUCUCCUCUCCUGGAUAGCGCGAGGGCCCCUCCGGUGGCUAUUGGUGGUUUCAACCCCAACACUCUUGGAGAGCUUUCUCGAAAUGACGGCGACAGAAGAUCAUCUGCAAUUGUCGGCUCGGAAGCAUCAAGCGUAGCCACACAGACAGUCAAGCACAGCUUUUCACAGGCCCAGUUGAUGGGGAAAUUCUCCAUUAAUGAGCCCCUGGUUGAUCAAUGUGAGCCUAACAUCGACCACGCUAGCUACGACGCAGGACCAGAAAAAAGAACUCCAAAUGUGGGGAGCGAUGAUACACCCAACUUCAUGGCCUUCGAGGCUUUCAAUGCCGACAUCUUCUAUGCGGAGCCUGGUAUGAUCAGUCACUAUCUCCAUGAUGCUUUCCCUCCCGUGCAAAGUCCGCUUCAGUUCAUGGAUAUGCCAAUCGAGUACGAUGCCAUGGAUAGUAUUCAGACACAUUCUCCCUCCAAUAUUGUGGAUAGAGCUGCAGGCUAUGCCGAGGCGACCAUGCAAAUGACGCUUUCGCCUACAAUAGUGAACUUGACGGAGUCGCAGUACAGACAAGCACCGCCAAAAGAUCGGCAUAUAGAAUUCCAACCGGCUAGCCAUGAAGCAUGCAAAACAACUCAUCCUGAUGCACCCAAGGACGGGGAGCAAAGAAGCUCGCAGCUGCCGGACACACGACUGGAUGUCUCAGAUAGUGUUACAGAGCUGACUCCUUGGACGGUUUCGGUAGAGACGUAUAAGGCGCUCUCUAAUGAGGUUUACCGACACCGAGAUUCGUUGCCUCGGAACCUUGCUCUCCCCAGUCGCCAGAUGUUAUCCAGAUACCUUGCAAGUUACUUUCGGGGAUUUCAUCCCCACCUUCCAUUUUUACACAUGCCCACGGUGUCCGCAAACUCUAUCUCCGGUAUGCUGUUGCUAGCGAUAGCUGCAGUCGGAGCCUUCUAUGCAUUUGAGCAUCCAAAUGGCUACACUCUUUAUUUUGUUUCGAAGGCUAUCAUUACUCAACAACUGGAACAAAAGCGACGUGAUUCAACUUUCCAUCUGAUGCAUUCGCUUCCUCCCUACGCCGAACUUUCUGUCGGGUCGUCCAAGAGCUCCGAGACGAGCUCUCGAUCCGCACCAAGCCCACAAAACCGUCUAGACUGCACGGUAGAACUAGAAUUAAUCCAGGCCUUACUGGUGCUCAUCCUGACCACUUCCUGGCUGGAUGGACCUCUGCUGAGCGAAUCGCUUGCAAUGAGCAGCCAGCUGGCCGUACUUGUGCGUGAGUCGUUAGCGUCAAACCCCUCGGGCGACAUCGAAUGUUGGACAUCUUGGUGCCUCGACGAAGGAAAGCGCCGGACCGUGUUUGCUGCCUAUGUUGUCCUCAAUAUUCAGACUAUCUGCUUCAACAUGCCGCCACAUAUGACGGUUGGAGAAAUCAAGCUGCCACUCCCGUGCUCUGAUGCCGAGUGGAGAGCCUCUACUUCCGCCGAGUGGCAUCGCGUACGGCGUCAGGGAAAUCUUCGCGAAUUAGAUCUGCAUGAAUGCAUGAAGCAUUUAUUAUCUGGGCGACCGCUUGACCCUGAGAUUGCAAUCACGGCGUUUGGAAAUUAUGUCCUUAUCCAGGGCAUAUUGCAGCAGAUUCUCUUUGAGCGUCAUGCGUCAUCCUCCUUCCUCGAAUCGACAUCGUCCUUGCCCGUGGAGAAAAUUCGGACAUUUGAUAAGGCGCUCACAGCAUGGCAGGCAGGCUGGAAUUCAGCGACCGAACCUAUGAUUGACCCUGCAUCUCCGCAUGGACCCUUAGCUUUCAACUCCACGGCCGUGCUUCGCUUGGCUCAUAUCCACCUUGGAGUGAUCUUGGGCGACCAAACUUCUCUUUGGUGCCGCGAUCCGGGAGUUCUGGCACAAGCUUUCGAGCAGCACCGCAAUCCCGUAGUCCCGGGCUCUGCGCAUAUCGAGGAGGCGGUGCUACACGCUGUCUAUGCGCUACGCGUGCCUGUGCGAAUGGGAGUCGCAUUCGUUGCGCGAACUCAAACUGGGCAUUGGAGUGUCCAGCACGCAGUUAGCAACUUUACCUGCGCAUUUCUACUUACUCACUGGCUCGAGAGCCUGUAUCACCUUGUUGCCACGUCGGGGAUGGCCGCAAUGCGGCCCGAGGAGAGGCGCCUCCUUCAGAUGACCGAGGUAUUGGUUGAGGAAACGCACUUGGAGAGCUCGCUAGGUCCCAGAGGGGAUUAUCCCCGGCGUAUCCGGCGGCUUGCCAGUUCCGCCGUCAAGCUGUGGGCCGAGACGUGCAAAGGCGUGCAAGUAUUUGAAAUUGUCCAUGUCAUCGGCUCCACAUUAUCUUUGGUGGCGGAGAACCUUGAUCGACGAGGCUCCAAUUAA